UGAUGACGAAAAGAACUGCUGUUUGUUAUGCAGCUAUUUUCAACUUUAUUGAAAACAAUGUGUUUAAUUUGGAACCAUCUGAAUUCAUCACUGAUUUUGAGGCAGGGAUGCGGUGUGCGAUUGAAAGAUGCUAUCCGACAGCUCAACUCAGAGGUUGUUGGUACCAUUAUUGCGCUGCAUUACGUAAAAGGCUUCUCAAGCUCGGUCUACAUAAUUUAUUAAAAUGGAAUAGCCAAGCAGUUAUAAUUAAGAAGGAGUUAAUGAGUCUGCCACUAUUACCUUCUGAAUACUUUAAUGCGGGUUAUGUACACAUAAAAAAGUUGGCAAAACAAUGGAGGCUUUCCAACAGUUUUAAGAAUUUCUUCGAAUACUAUGAACAGUUUUGGAUUCAACAGAAUCAAAGAAAUCCUCUAUCAGUCUGUGAUGCCAAUAUGCGAACAACUUCAUCAUUGGAAUCUAUGAACGCAGUUUUACGUCGAUCCUUUCCGAACCAUCCACAUAUUUUCAAAUUUAUUGACCGUUUACGUUUGCAUGAAUUCUCAAAAUCUCUCGAUAUGCUGAAUGCUAUAAGGUCUGAUAUUUCAUUGCAGCAGUUGAGGAGACGUAAGAAAAGAGAUCAAGCGCGUAACGAAAAAUUGACAAUUCUGAUAGAAGCUUUGAAGCAUAAUAAGUCGCCGUCCUCAUUCCUAGACGCUAUUGCGAACAAUGAAGAAGUAAACUUAUUACCUAACACUGCUUCUAUAAUAACAUGUGAUGGCUUUGGCAAACAAAGAUCAUAUUCAAAUCAAACGGAACCUGAUAGAUCAACACGAUCAUCAGAGCGUCAAAGAGAAAAGAAAUCACAGCAAGAUAAAUUAAACGAUAUCAACAAUAACAAAAGGAAAAUAGAUGAGAAAGGUGACGAUAGUGGUGAAACAGGACAAGGCGCCAAAGCUAUAAAAAAGUUGCGUUUGUCACAAUUGGAAACCACCCCAAAACGCCUCAGAAACAAAAAAAUUAGAUUCAUAUUCUUCGGUCCCGAAAACACCUGGAAAACAUGUUUUUGA